UUCACUUUCGCGGUUCCUUUUCUGCCUCAAACAUCCAAUUUUUCAUAUUUCCUUUUCUUUCUUUGAUCAUUUUUUUUCUUGGUUUCUUUCAUUUUCUAUCUCUGAUUCUUGAAUUAAGAAACCCAUUUUGAUUCUUUUAUUGGAGGGUGUUUUUUUGGUGUUAAGUUUAUUCUUUUUUCUUGGAAAAUGAAGGAGAAUACUGGAAACCCUCUUCAUCUGAAGUCCUUGAAUCACAUCUCUCUGUUGUGUAGAUCAGUUGAGGAAUCUAUUGAUUUUUAUCAAAAUGUUCUAGGGUUUGUGCCUAUAAGGAGACCUGGAUCUUUUGACUUUGAUGGUGCUUGGCUAUUUGGCUUUGGGAUUGGAAUUCAUUUAUUGCAAUCAGAAGAUCCAGAGAACAUGCCAAAGAAAAGUGAAAUUAAUCCUAAGGAUAAUCAUAUCUCUUUUCAGUGCGAGAGCAUGGGAGCGGUUGAGAAGAAACUGAAGGAGACGGAAAUAAAGUAUGUUCGAGCAACGGUAGAAGAAGGUGGUAUACAUGUAGAUCAACUGUUCUUCCAUGACCCAGAUGGAUUUAUGAUUGAGAUAUGCAAUUGUGACAGUCUUCCAGUGAUCCCACUUGCUGGAGAGAUGGCAAGAUCCUGCUCUCGUGUGAAUCUACAGAUGAUUCAGCACAAUAAGCAGAUGCAUCAAGUGGUCCAGCAGCUGUAAUUAAUUAAAGAGAGACUAGCUAGUAGUUGAAUUGAAGCCAGCAUAUUCGGUGCUGUGUCAAUUAAGAAUCAUAGUGGGGUCUUAUUAUGUGUAUGUUUUCCUUUUGUACUUUUUUUUUUUUUUUUUUUGGUUGGGUAUGUUUGGUGGGUCUUCCUGUGCAGGUAUAGCAAAUAAGACAAAAGCAAAUGUAGUGAUGAUGAAAAAAAUAUCAUUGCUUUCUUUUAUCUUUAGCUUUUUGAUCCUGGAAAAUCCUCCAGGAAAUCCAUUUUCUUGAUGCUCCUUCCAGCUGGUUUCUAGUAUUUAUUUUGUUUUUCCGUUUUCUA